UCUCCUGCCCUGGGAAGGGAAAAACCUCCUCUCCUGCCCCGGGAAGGGGAGCCAGAAGCCAGCCCUGCUCCAGCCGCCGGGCGAGGUGAUGAAGGGCACCUCGAGGUGAUGAAGGGCACCUCGGAGCCUUCCUCCUCCUCGGGAGGGGUCGCUGGCACGGAGCUGCCCACCCCGUGUCUGGGGCACAGGCGCUUCCCACGAGCAGCUCUGCCUGGAAAACCAGCCCUGGAGUGUUACUCCAGCCUCCUGUCCCGCCAGGGGAGAGCCAGGAGAGACUUGAUUUGCUUAAGAAACCUGUGUAGGUCUUAAGGGUCGCUUCAAAAACCAGUCCCAGUCCCUGCUGGAGGUCAAUGGACGCUCCCCCAGCACUGCCCACUCGCUCCAGGGAAGAACAAAGAAUUCCUGCUCCCUGUGUUGGUUUUCCAGGCAGCUCCAGCCUCGGAGGGUCCCCAGGCUGGGCUGGGGGUCCCUGUCCUGGGAAGCCCUGUGGGUUUUAGUCCCUCAGACCGAGCUGUCCCGUUGCUGCCCACCCUCAGCUCCCUGCUGGGGACAGGGCAGCGGAUCCAGGGCGUUAAUUCCAUGUUCUAAUUGCCGGGUUGGUUUUCCCGUGGUUGGUCUGUCGUGUGGACUCGGCUCCGGGCUCGUGGUGUGAGCCAGGGGGGGGAAAUUCCUGGCUGGGGCUGGUGGGAACUGUCCCAGGCUGUGGCAGGACCCGUCACCUCCUCCGGGCAGUGUCCAAGGGGCGUCUCAGUGCCAGGAAUCCUCGGCUUCCAGUGGGAUUUGUGGGAAAUGAAGGGACCUGCUGUCCCAGGACGGGCCGGAGCAGAGCUGGGACAGGGCAGGAUGGGGGGAAUGAGAGUCCCUGGUCACCACAGGGGGGGAUAAACUCGAUUUUACAGCGUUGGCUUUGAGCUGGUGGCCAGUUUUGUGGGGGGGGGUGAGGUGACAGCUCUGCUGUGAGGGCCAGGAAGGGACUGGGGGUGUGACAGGGGGGGACACGGGGACCCCUCUGCCCAACUGGGGCAGGGACCCCCCGGGCUGUGUGUCCUGAGGGCAGGGCACUGUGUGAGGCAAGACUUUGAUGGUUUGAUGUGCUUGGAGUUGAUGGCCUUGAGAGAGAAAGCGUGGGGUGCUGUGAUUGUGUCAAAAAGAGCUGAUUUGGGGGGAGGGAGGAAGGAGAAACCUGGCUCCGGGUCUACCCCUGGAUCCAGGGGGGGAUGUCUGUGGCACGUGGGGCUUCCCAGCAGCUUUGUGUGGGAAGAGCAGCCACCAGGGAUGGUUUGGUGUGGGAAGAGCAGUCCCUUCCCUGCCACCAGGGAUGGUUUGGUGUGGGAAGAGCAGCCCCUUCCCUGCCACCAGGGAUGGGUUUGGGGUGGGAAGAGCAGCCCCUUCCCUGCCACCACGGAUGCUGUUGUUGACCCUGGACGGUGUGGAGAUGUGGGAGAGGCUGUGGGAGCAGCACCAAGGGGUUAACAGGUCCCCGAGGGGGGGGGGGGAGCCUGGAGGGACUCACACCCUCUGCCCAAUCCCGGGAAUCCCUCUGUGCUAAUUGAGCACUAAGCAGAUCAAAGGCUCCAAUCAGGGAAUCAACACCCCCCUGGCCUCAUCUCCGGGUCCCCAGCCCGGGCUGCCCUUUGUCUGGAGAAGGAGAGCAGGGCAAUGUGGCUUCUCCCCAGCCUGGCCUGGGCUCUCCUGAGCCCCGUCCUGGGGUCGGAGCUGAGCGUGCAGGAGAGUUUGUUGUUGAAAUCCUUGGGCCUGAGCACCAAGCCCAGCCCGAAAACCCCCACCCCAGUGCCUCCCCUGCUCUGGAGGAUCUUCCAGAAGAGAAAGACGCCUCCCCCGAUGGACAAAGACCCCCUGGAUGCCUGUAGGGUGGAGGAAUUUAAUGUCCCCGGGAACAUCAUCCGAGUCCUCGCUGACCAAGGCCCCUUCAUGCCCGAGGAGCAGCCCCAGGGGUGGCUGUGCCUGCGGAAGCGCCUGUUCUUCAACCUCUCCGUGCUGGAGGAGGGCGAGCGCUUGACCAUGGCCCAGCUGGAGAUCAAAUUCCACCACAAUUCCUACCACCCCUCCCGCCAGGGGCAGGUCUUUGAGCUGAGGCUCUUCCAGACCCCCGAGGUGUCCCCCCCGGGGGUCCCCGAGCCCAGGCAGAGCCCGCUGGUGGAACAGUCCUUUGCUCAGCUGCACAAGUCCCUCCUCUUCAACCUGAGCGCGGCGGCGAAGGAGCGGAGGACGCGCGGCGGGAGCUUGGGAUUGAUCCUGGAGAUCUCGGUGGGCGUCAUCGGGGCUUUGGGAGCCCCGCGGGGCCUCUGCUCCGGCAUCGACUCCUUCCUGGACACCUCCCUGCUGGUGGUGACCCUGAGCCAGCAGUGCCAGGCCCCCCGGAGGAGGAGGAGGAGGAGGAGGAGGAGUGCCGGGCUGCCCCCGCUCACCCCGAGCAACCUGUGCAGGGCGCGGCGGCUCCACAUCAGCUUCAGCGACGUGGGCUGGGAGAACUGGAUCAUCGCCCCCCAGGGCUACCUGGCCAACUACUGCCGGGGGGAGUGUCCCUUCCCCCUGACGGCCGAGCUCAACAGCACCAACCACGCCGUCCUGCAGACCAUGGUGCACUCGCUGGACCCCCAGGGCACCCCCCAGCCCUGCUGCGUCCCCGUCAGGCUCUCCCCCAUCUCCAUCCUCUACUACGACAACAGCGACAACGUGGUGCUGCGGCACUACGAGGACAUGGUGGUGGACGAGUGUGGCUGCAGGUAGAGGGGGAGCAGGGGGGUGGCUGCCGGGUGGAACAACCCCCCCCGGGUGGUUCCAUCCCCUCCGUGCCGCCGUUCGGGGAGUUUCCCGUGGGUGCGUCGGGGGUCGGAGAGCUCUGGGGUGGCAGGAGUGAGUUGUGGUUUAGGGCUGAAGUUGUGAUUUAGGGCUGAAGUUGUGUUUUUUAGGGCUGGACUUGUGAUUUAGGGCUGAAGUUGUGAUUUAGGGCUGGACUUGUGCUUUAGGGCUGGACUUGUGCUUUAGGGCUGGACUUGUGCUUUAGGACUACCUGGGCGCUGGGCUGGGAUUAUGAUCAAGCCUGGUGCUGGUUUUCCAUUCCCUGCUCCACAGGGGGUGGCAGGACCAGGCUGUGAGUCCCAGACCCCCCCUGAGCUGUUGGUGCUUUGGGUUCCUUGGCUCGGCACCUUUCUCGGGGCACAAACGGCUUUUGGGGGUGAAACGGGGCUGGGGGGUCCCCGGGCGUGGCCGUGAGGGGAGGAGGUGACUGGUGCUGAGGGCACGAGCUCUGGGUGACCAAAUCCCACCCCCGGGGGGGAGGCAGAGCCCGGGGUGGGACACACGAGGUUUUCUCCCUGGCUGGGGGAGCUCAGCCCUGAGCUGGUUUUAUGGUGACAGGGUGGCUUGGGGGGCCAGAGGGGGUGGGGGGCCAAAUGCAACGGAGGUUUUGCCCCAAAAAAGCCCCCUGGGAGCUGCAGGAUGGACGCUGUGGCCGAGGGGGGGGCUGUGGGGGAGGG